AUGGUGUGGGAGGAGGAUACAGCAGUGGUGGUUACUCAGGAUCCAAGAGUAUUAUUGGAGGUGGAGGGAGCAGUGGAGGAUCCUCUGGAUGCUGCAGUGGAGGAUCCUCAGGCUAUGGCACGGGAGGAGGAUACAGCAGUGGUGGUUACUCGGGAUCCAAGACCAUCUCUGGAGGAGGUGGGAGCAGUGGAGGAUCCUCUGGAUGCUGUGGUGGGGGAUCCAGCAGUGGUGGAUCUUCCGGAGAUCUUUCAAUUUUUACGAGGGAGAUGCUCCCGCCGGAACAGGGGUUACAGCAAUGGCAUCUCCUCACACUACGGGGGCACUUCGAGCCUGCAGGGACGUGGCUCCAUCUACUGCAGCGGAGAGGGCUCCAUCAUCUACAGCCGGGGAGCUGCACCCACGUCCUUCCCCUAUAGCAUCACAGCGGGGUGCACGCCCAGCAGCGAUGGGGUUGUUGAAAUAUCUGGGGGUGAUAGUGAAGGGGCACGUGGAUGGAGCACAACAGGAGGGACAGUCCCAACCUACAGCCCCCGGGGGGCAGUGGGAUAUGGCACUGAGGACACGGGAUGGGGUACAGUGAGUGGUUCAGCAGGCGGCGGAGGAUCGGGAUGCUACGGUGGGAAAUUGGGUGUUGGGAGAGGUUCUGGCUAUGGGUACGAUGCAUCGCAGAGGCAAAAGGCUGUAAGCACAAGUGCUGGACAGGGGAUGUAUGGUGGAGCAUCAGGUUAUGGCACCGGGGGAGAGCUCAGCUCUGGAGGUGCUGGGAUGGCACAGGUUAUGCAGCAGAAGUGCCCCGUGGUCAUUCCCGACAUUGAGCCCCAACAGAUCAAACAGAGCUGCCAGUGGCCCCCCAGCCAGAAGAAAUGA